AUGACAAUCCAUCGUAUCUCCAAAUAUGGGAAGCUCCUCAUUUUGGUUCAAAGAACCCAUACACCAGCCCUUAGAACCAUUCCAAAUCUCCUUUUUAUUGGUCAAUUCUAUGAUGAAAACCCAGAUCUUAUGGAAGGGGACUCCUACCCACUUCCUCCACAUCCUCCAAAGUUCAACAAUUGCGAUGGUCGAAUCAUGAUGGAAAACAUUGAAAGUUGGGCUCGUACUGCCUAUGGUUACCGUGGAAUUUGCCUUGAUUAUAUUUUCCGUGAAAAUUCUGCACUUCCACUCGUUGGUGACCCUGGUUUUCUCAAAGCCGAUGAUGGCACUCGCUCUAUUGACGAAGAACUUGUCCGACGUGCUGCUCAUACUGGCGCUGUGUUCCAUUGUAACAACCAGAAAUUUUGGGCCAAGCUGCAUACUUCGCUCGUUUUGCACAGUAUCGUGGAAGGGGGCACUUCACCAAUGAACGCCAAGCUGCUGUCCGUGUCCUUGCAACACUUCACUGAAGCUUGGGGCUUCACUUGGAAUACUUUGAUCAGUGGCCUAAUUGGAGCCUUCAACGACCUUGAGUUGAACGGUGAUCCACGCUCUGAUGCAAAUAAGGUUGACAUACUCCUUGAGAAAACUGUUGGAGAUUCCUCACUUUCCAAUGGAAGAUCAAAUAUUACAGGAGAUGCCGUUCUCCGCUCCAACUUCCAAGGUGCCAUCGAUUAUUUAACAACACAAGUCUUAGCUGCAGGUAACGACAACACCCAGCGCUGCAAUCGACAACUUGCUGCUUUCACACAAGGUGGUGGUGGCGGAUGUGGUGGUGAUGGGAGAAGUGGAGGCCGUGGCCAAGGAAAUGGUGCCUCAAACCGCCUGCAAUCAAAUGUUCCGGAUCGCUUUAGCCGCAAUGGUAUCCUACUAAAUGAUGGAGAUUAUUCAAAUCAAAUCUGGAGAAAGGAGUUUACGCAAGAAGAAAGAAAUAUUUGUCUAGAGAAUCGCCGCAAUGGUGGUUGUGGUGGUUGUGGCCGAAGAGGCCGCGAAGGCCGUGGUGGUCGCGGUCGUGGUAUCAUAGCUGUCCAUGAUGGACGAGCUGAUCAAGAGGAAACAAAAGAAGAAGAUAAUACUGAUGGGCGUGGGGCAGGUGUAGGAAUGAGUCGUCGCCGUCGCAACAAUGGUGGCCGCGAUUGA